AUGGCGGCCAACACGCACGACAGCGCCGCAGCUGCGCACCGUAGCUCCUCCGACGGCGAGUCCACCGUCGCCCAGACGCCCACCCGCGUCAACUCUGGCGGCAAAGACGAUGGCUCCCUCACCCAAGAGAAGGGCAACAACAACCACGAUGACUCUGCCCCCGCCGACGUCGAGGCGAUCCGCGAGAAGAACGACAUGGAGAAGACCAACGAGGAGAAGCAGCGCGAGGGCGAGCACGACCUUGAGCCUCGCGAGGAGGACGGCAAGAUCGUGCUCACAGAACGUGCUGGCUACCUCGCCACCGGCUACUCGUACCCUACAUGGAAAAAGUGGUCCAUCCUCUGCGUCAUCUUUGCCGUCCAGGUCUCGAUGAACUUCAACACCUCGGUCUACCCCAACGCGGUCAUGGGCGUUGCAGAGCACUACGGCGUUAGUGAGCAAGCGGCACGUGUGGGUCAGAUGAUCUUCCUCGUGGCGUAUGCGUUCGGAUGCGAGUUCUGGGCACCUUGGUCGGAGGAGAUCGGUCGAUGGCCGGUGCUGCAGAUCUCGCUGUUCCUUGUUAACAUCUGGCAGGUUCUCGCUGCCUUGGCGCCUAAUUAUGGCUCGUUGAUCGUGGCGCGUUUCUUCGGCGGUCUCUUCACCGCCGGUGGCUCGGUGACGCUCGGUAUGGUCGCAGACCUGUGGGAGCCGGAUGAGCAGCAGUUUGCUGUCGCCUUCGUCGUUCUUUCGUCCGUCGGCGGCACUUCGGUCGGUCCCUUCAUCGGCGGUUUCAUCCAAGCCUACCUGCCGCUCAAGUGGAACUUUUGGGUACAGCUCAUCUUUGGUGGUGCGGUACAACUCGCCCACUUUGUUCUCGUGCCGGAAACGCGCUCCACGAUCCUGCUCGACCGCGAGGCCAAGCGUCGACGCAAGAACGGCGAGCAAAACAUUUACGGUCCCAACGAGGUCCGUACCGACCGUUUCAGCAUCAAGGAGAUCGGCGCCUACUGGCUUCGACCGUUCGAGAUGUUCGUUCGCGAACCCAUCGUGCUCUUCCUCUCGCUGCUGUCCGGUUUCUCCGACAUGCUCAUCUUUAUCUUCCUCGAGUCGUUCCAGCUGGUGUACAAGCAGUGGGGAUUCAGCACGGUGCAGAUUGGUCUUGCGUUCAUCCCCAUCAACCUGGGCUACCUGCUAGGAUUCCUCAUCUUCAUGCCACGUUUUGUGUGGGAGCGCAAGAGGCGGGUUCGCGAUCCCGACGCGCUCAAGCCCGAAGCCCGCUUGUGGCUGUUGCUCUACCUCGCACCUCUCGAAGCAUUGGGUCUAUUUGGAUUCGCAUGGACCUCCUUGGGUCCUCCCAACGUGCACUGGAUCGCCCCCAUGAUCUUUUCCUGCAUGAUCGCCAUCGCCAACUACGCCAUCUACAUGGCCACCAUCGACUACAUGAUCGCCGCCUACGGUCCUUACUCGGCCUCGGCAACGGGCGGCAACGCUCUGGCGCGCGACUUCCUCGCCGGUAUCUCGGCCAUGUACGCCACCCCGCUCUACAACCGCCUCGGUCUGGAAUGGGCCUCGACGCUGUUGGCGUUCUUGGCCAUCAUUGUGGCGAUUCCGGUGUACAUCUUCUACUGGAAGGGCCCGGCGAUUCGUGAGCGCUCCAAGUUCGCUCAGAGUCUGGCGGAUGACAGGAAGAAGAACGGUGGACGGAGGACAGAUAAGGACGACAAGGCCGAGGCAGGGACCACGUGGAAGAAGGAGAAGAAGCAGGAGACACAGUCGUAG